CACGGGUGCGGCGAACUGCGCAUGCGGGAAGAUGGCGGGCCUGGCGUCCUGAGAGCCGCGGGUUGCCCUGCUCCCCGCCCGUCCGCGUUGGGAGCGCUCGGGCUCGUGGGGCCGCGGCGCGCGUGCCGGCGGGCGGGACGGCCUAGCGGGGCGGCGCCACCGAGCAGGCCGCGGGCCCGCUUCUUGCUGGGCCGCCGGAAACCGGCGUGUUGGGGGCGGCGCUCGCGCCGGGCGGGAGAAGGCGGGAGAGCUCGCGGGGCGCGAGGGGCGCGGGCCGCCCGGCCGGGCAGCAUGAGUCAGCAGCGGCCGCCGAGGAAGUUGCCCAGCCUGCUCGUGGACCCGGCGGAGGAGACGGUGCGCCGCCGGUGCCGGGACCCCAUCAACGUGGAGAGCUUGCUGCCAUCAAAAAUAAGGAUUAAUUUGGAAGAUAAUGUUCAAUAUGUGUCCAUGAGAAAAGCGCUAAAAGUGAAGAGACCUCGUUUUGAUGUGUCACUGGUUUAUUUAACUAGAAAAUUUAUGGAUCUUGUCAGAUCUGCUCCUGGGGGUAUUCUUGACUUAAACAAGGUUGCAACAAAACUGGGAGUACGGAAACGAAGAGUAUAUGAUAUCACCAAUGUCUUAGAUGGAAUCGACCUUGUUGAAAAAAAAUCUAAGAACCAUAUUCGGUGGAUAGGAUCUGAUCUUAGCAAUUUUGGAGCAGUACCUCAACAAAAGAAGCUACAGGAGGAACUUUCUGAUUUAUCAGCAAUGGAAGAUGCGUUGGACGAGCUAAUUAAGGAUUGUGCUCAGCAGCUGUUUGAGUUAACAGAUGACAAAGAAAAUGAAAGACUAGCAUAUGUAACAUAUCAAGAUAUUCACAGCAUCCAAGCCUUCCAUGAACAGAUUGUUAUUGCAGUUAAGGCUCCAGAAGAAACCAGACUGGAUGUUCCUGCUCCCAGAGAGGAUUCUAUCACAGUGCACAUAAGGAGCACCAAAGGACCUAUUGACGUCUACCUGUGUGAAGUGGAGCAGGGUCACAAAAGGUCUGAAGGUGUCACCUCUUCGUCUGAGAGCAGACAUCCAGAACGCCCUGAGGAAGAAGAAAAUCCUCAGCAAAAUGAAGAAUUGCUUGAAGUGAGCAACUGAUAGAUAGCAUUUAAGAAUUCAUGUAUUGAGUUUUUUGAGGAACAUCCUACGGAGGUGGAUGGAUGAUGCAUCGGUCUGAUUCUCAGAGCAAUAACUCAUCCCUGCCAUGCUCUCCUUGUUAGCAGCAGCAUUAAUGCCGGUAGUAUCUUUGAGUAGUUCACUACUUAGAUAAUUAUGGUUUCCACAUUUGAAAACAACUUUUUAUAAUUAUUCACUGCUUUUUGUCAGCGAGAUAGACAUCUUGACACCUGAAAUAACUCCAUCACAGAGUGUCAUGAAAGCAGAUGGUCAGGCCUGAGAUGGAUGUUCAUUGUGGAUGUGCCACCCUUUCCUUCAAGGGUCGUAUCGUAUAUCACAAAAGAAAUUGCCUUACACUGGUUGUGUUUGCAGUUAGCUGUUGUACAUUGGAAAGAUGUACACACGAACCUAAAUGUGAUGUCUUUGUAUAUAUAUCUGUAUAAUGUUUAGAGUACUUAUGAAAUAUGUCUAAGUGACGCUUUUCAUCCUUGUACAGCAAAAUAAUGUAUAUAUGGAAAGUAACAGACAAAUUCUCUAAUUUCCUUGGUAUCUAUAACUUAUUAGAAUCCUCUGGAUGAGGGUUAGAGGAGAGUUUUUCCAAACUUCUACAUGUAGAAGUAUCAUAAAUGUGCUAUACAUUUACAUUCAUGGAGUUAAAGUAUUUUAAUAUGAUUCCCAAUGCCGAAACUGGUAUUGGAUGCAUCUUGAUUUCAAGCUGUCUAUGGAGUUGUAUGUCCCAGCAAAUUGGUGGCAUGCCCCAAGGCUCCGGGGGCAAGUAUAGAAAUGCCAUCAGAUAAUAGUGUAAUUCAUCGUGAGACCUGAAUUCAAUCAUGGUGAAAAUUGGGAACUAUUUUAAGGUUUUUGCAGGCAGAUUUUUGUAAUAUGUUUCUGUAUGCAGCCUUGCUCUUCAGUCAGAGGGGUUUUACUUACCACAAGUUGUGCCCUGCCCUCUCUCCAGCUCUAGUCCCACAUUUCCACAUACCUAGCUCUUUCUACCUCAUUGGGUAAGUCAUUUACCACUCUGUGCCUCAGUUUACUCUGUAGUUUACCAUUAGACUGUGAGCUCCUUAAGGGACCUUGUCAUAAUCAUUGUUAUAUCCCAGCGCCUUGCACCGUGCCUGGCCCAGAUAAAGUGCUUAAUAAAUGUUUAAAGAAAUCAGUGAGUGGGUGAGUGAAUUGUAAAAUUAGACUAAUAAUACCUGCCUUGUCUAUCAUACGAGAUUCUUGUACCACUUGAAUUCAUAUUUUAAACCUCUUUGCUUUUAAAGAAAGAUUUGAAGCAACUUAAAAUUCAGAUCAUGUAUAGAAGGAUUUAAACUAGGAAUCCAAAAUCAAAGUAUUAAAAAACACUGCUGAGUGUUUAGCAUUCACAUACCUCUGAGUGCCAGUGGCCGUCUCCAGUCCCGUCCUUCUGUGGAGCGCCCGCUCCCGCCGCAGUCCCUGCUGGCUUGUGUCUGUAUGUCUGGGGACUGCUGACAGUGCGCUCUCUGGAUGGUUAGCCUCAAGGCUUUCCCUUACUCCCUCUGUUUGAUACAAAAAGUUGUUUGAAAUUAGCCAAAGAAAAGCCACAGGGAGCACUGUUUAUCAUCAUUGGACUGGUUAGUGAUAAUGGUAUGACAAAAUAGGGAAGAGGAGAAAGGAGAAACAGCAAGUGUAGGAUAAAAAUAAAUUUUGGACGUGCUGUAUAAAAGAAAUUUAGAUAGGUAACUAUGUAUAUGUAGGUCAGGUGUUCAAAAGAAAGAUCUGAACUCUGUGUAGUUGAUUUGGCAGUUGUUCAGUUUAUAUAUGAUGCUUUAAACCCUGAGAAUAGGUGAGGUCAUCUAAUGAGAGUUUAGCAGGAGAAGAGAGGCCCAAGAGCAUCUGUAUUUAAGGGGACAUACAGAAGAAAAAGCUUUUCCUGAAAAGGAAUAAGAGGGGGAAAAAAAAAAAAAACUAAAGGUAGUGUCCCAAAAACCAACAAAAAGGCUUUGCCAAAGGUGAUAGCAUAAUUUCUGAGCAGCAGUUCCUUGCGAAAUGUGACAAAUGUUCUACUUUACAAAUUGUUCUGAAGAUAAAAUGACAUCAUGUAAGCUAAAUCCUUUGUAAAUUGUAGAUGUGUUAUAUAAAUGAAGUGUCUCUCCAGUCACUCCA